AUGAUGGCCAAGCUCAUCGACCAAUACUUCAUCACACACCUCUCAUUGCCAGCUGAAGAAGCCACGAGACUGACACAUGAGUACUACACCGUUUACGGCUUGGCUAUCGAGGGCCUCGUGCGACACCACCAGAUUGACCCCAUGGACUUCAAUGCCAAAGUAGACGACGCCCUUCCGCUGGAGAACAUUCUCAAGCCAGACGCCGAGCUCAGGCAACUCUUAGAGGAUAUCGAUAGAGACAAGGUUAGACUGUGGCUCUUUACGAACGCAUACGUCAACCACGGAAAGCGCGUUGUGAAGCUACUAGGGAUCGAGGAUCAGUUUGAAGGGCUUACGUACUGCGACUACGGCCAAGUACCCUUCAUUUGCAAACCUGCAAAGGCCAUGUUCCACAAGGCUAUGAAGGAAGCCGGAAUCGACAGACCGGAGGACUGUUACUUUGUUGAUGACUCAUACGCCAACUGCAAGAGUGCAGAAGAGCUUGGUUGGACUGCAGCGCAUCUGGUAGAAGAGGAUCUGCCAGUUCCUGAGACGAAAGCGUCGACUCAUCAGAUUCGUCACUUGCGAGAGUUGAGGGAUGCCUACCCGCAGUUCUUCAAGUCCACUGGAUCAAAGACCGCCGCCGGUGCUUAA